CUUUCAUUAUGGGGCAGAAAAGUGUUUGACAGCUCGACAGACAGACAGCUAACCAUCUAGCGGAGGUAGAGCUUCCUGUCUGAAUUUAGUUUUUAUUUGGAUUGUUGGCCUGUUUUUGUCUCUCAGUACAUCUCUGUUACAUCAUGACAUCCCCCGUAGACGAUGGCGACAGGGAAAAGGUGAGUUAAAGUCCGCCCUGGGAGCUCAUAUUUACGGCUGUUUGCUGCUGAAGUUGUUGCCGCUAACUUGUGUUGUUUUCUGUGUGCUAGCCUUAAGCUAAGCUAGCUAAUCGAUACUUUAUCGAUAGACUGUCAUAGAGCAGGAUAAACUGCAUGCGCGGAGAAUAAAGGGUUGUAGUCUGAAGGUAACUCAUUUCCUGGACGAGUUCAAACAUGCCACACAAAUCGGUCAUUGACCCAUAAAACGCAGUAAACGUUAAAGUUAGGUGAAGGUGUCACAGCUGCAGGGAAAACGAGGACAUAAUUAUGGAAUAAAACUUAUAAAUAUUGAUAAUAAAACCAAUUUAAGCCAGGUAGAAACGUAUAUUUUAAAGUCGGAGGUCAUUAACAGCUUCUCAUUAUAAUAACAGAUUUCUGGCCCGGAUGUUGUUCUCGGGUUCAAAGUGGGUCACCUGAAAUAGUUUAGGGUUUGAGUAAAACAACAAACAGGAGAACUUUGCUCGUAUGUGUUCACUGCAUGUGUUGAAUUAAUCCGACCAUCAUUUGUUAGCAUCUUUUUUGCAGCUUCUGUUUAGAGUGAGGUUCCACAAACAAGGAUUGGUAUGGUGGCCGAGAACUGCCACUGCUGCAAAUGAAAAAGAAUGGGGGAAAAAAAAAGAAAGCCAUGAAGGAAGUUACCAAUGCAAACAAACGAAAAAACAAAAAAAUAGUGCAGAUAAAAAUAAACACAAUGUAAGUUAACAAUGCAAAAAAAGUGUCGAUGCAUAUAAAAAGAUAUUUACUGUGAAAAUUAAAGGAUGCAAAUAAAAAUGCCACUGCUGAAAAUAAAAAAAGAAAGCCACUACUGCAAAGAAAAAAGAAGUCACAACGGAAGUAACCGAUGCAAAAAAAUAAAAAUUAAAAAAAUAAACAUACAGUACAGAUUAAAAAAAAAGAAAAACACAACCGAAGUUAACGGUGCAAAAAAAGUGGCAAUGCAAAAAGUAAACACAAAAAAAAGUGGUGGUGCAAAAAACAACAACAACAACAAAAAAAAAAGAAUCACAGCGGAAUUUACAGAUGUAAAAAAAGAAAGAAAGAAACAGAGGCCUGCUGCAAAUAAAAAAAGAAACGGUGAAGAUAGACAAAAAAACACAACAGAAGUUGAUGACGUGAAGAUGCACCAGUGUUACGAUCUAGGCACAGAAGACGACAGCAGGAAGACGAGCAAAGAAGCUCAAUUCCGUUGUGGCUUUUUUUUAUUUGCACCCUUUAUUUUCACAGUAAUUAACUUUUUUGUUUUUCAUCGCCACUUUUUUUGCAUCGUUAACAUCCAUUGUGGCUUUUUUAAAAUCCGCACCGUAUCUUUUUUUAUUUGCAGUGGGCUUCGGUUUCUUUUUUUUUUUUUUGCAUCGGUAACCUCCGUUGUGACUUCUUUUUUUAUUUGCAGCAGUGGCAGUUCUCGGCCACCGUAGUUGAGGGUUAAACCCUAACCAAAACCACUACACCUAGACUUCUCACAUUUGGACUUUACUAUCAGAGAGUCAACAAACUCAUUCAAACGCUGUAAGACCUAUACCUCCUAAAACUGGCACAAAUUUUUAAGAGAUUCAGUUUGAAAUUCGUGAAACCUUAAUUCUGUUUAUAGAAACCAGAGAGUGAUACCUCUGAACCCCAACGGACCAGGUCCUGAUCCAGAUCCACCAUACCUACACCUUACAGAAGUGGUUUGAGUUGUUUUGAUCGGACUUCUUAAAGCACCUUGUCUGCCGUUUUUUCACCACUUGACCCCGUUAGACCAGGAUCCGACCAAAGUCCACAUUAAUUAAGCCUCUGAAAAACGUUUUUAAUAUUUUAGACAGCUUCUAAUACAGUUUUACUUUUUGUGAAACCUGAACUCAUAAUGAUGAGAUGAGAAACCUGCUGAAUUUGUCUUCAAAUCUGCAUCAAAAAUGCAUUUUUUCUGUGAAAAGUGAUGUAGUACAUGUGCAAACAUGAGAGUUAUGUACUUUUUCUUUCCCACAUUAGAUGCGCUCUGUGUCUGUGGAUCUAAACAACGAUGCUUCUCUUCUCAUCGACAUUCCUGAUGCACUUUGUGAAAGGGAUAAAGUCAAGUUUACUGUCCACACCAAGGUAAAACAACAUAACCAGCAUUCCUGCACGCAGACUCUCUCCUGUCCUCGAAUGUAUUUAGUAAGCACACUAUGGCUGUUUUUCUAAAUCGAUUAAAGAAUGAUAUGAAACUGCAUCUCUUUCCAGACCACACUAAACUGUUUCCAGAAGCCUGAGUUCUCUGUUCCCAGGCAGCAUGAAGACUUCAUCUGGCUGCACGACACUCUGGUGGAGACAGAAGACUAUGCAGGACUAAUAGUACGUUUGACUUUUUGCAGACAUGACUCACGUAAAUACCGAGGGCGUAAUGUCACUAUUUGUCUUUGAGGCCUGUGUACCCGAAGACAGAAAGGAAACAAAGGAGGGAUUUUGGGCUUUUUUAUCAUAAUACUUCAGAAGUUUAUGAAACAUUAGGACUGUUUUACCUUAAUUAUCCAUCUUCUGAGUUAUUUAUUGUGAGUUUUAUCGUUCAUAGAUUCCUCCAGCGCCCCCAAAGCCUGACUUUGAGAGCCCGAGAGAGAAGAUGCACAAACUGGGUGAAGGUGAAGCGACCAUGACGAAGGAGGAAUACACUAAAAUGAAGCAGGAGCUGGAGGCGUGAGUGUGUUGUCGUAUAUAAAAUAGCCGUAUAUGUAUUUAUAUAGCAUGCUGACUUUAUUUUCACGCUGUGUUUCGUUUUCUUCUAGCGAAUACCUGGCUGUGUUCAAGAAAACUGUCCAAGUGCACGAGGUCUUCCUGCAGAGGCUGUCCUCUCACCCGGUUUUAAGCAAAGACAGAAACUUCCAGAUCUUCUUAGAAUAUGACCAGGAUGUGAGUUCCCCAUAAUGCUGACUUCCUUUCCUGAGCAGUCAGUUGGAAAGAGAGGAAGUGGAGUUUACUGGAGCCUUGUGACACACGGCUUCCACCCUGCUGCCAUCAGCAGUUUAGCUUAUCUGUGAAGUCUGGGUCAGUUUUGGCUGAAAGUUGGACGGUUGUUUUACUUUAAUACCAGUCUGAAACAAGAAAAUGAGCUUCACACACAACCCUGAUCUCAUAAGCGUUUGGGGGACUUGUGUUAAAUGUUGAUAAAAACAAAAAACAUCAAAUUCUGCUGCUUCUCAACAUUUCCAACAUCUACUCCUCCACUGUUUACCUCCUCCACUGAGCAUUUUCUGCACAUAAUGAGACAAAAAUUAAAUUAAAAUGAUCUGAAGACACUUCGAGGGCUCGACUAAAUUGAUCAUAUUUCCAUAUUUUGUCAUUUCAGCUCAGUGUGAGAAGAAAGAACGCCAAGGAAAUGUUCGGGGGGUUCUUUAAAAACAUGGUGAAGUCGGCUGAUGAGGUCCUUAUCUCGGGAAUAAAGGUGAGGCCUCUGGACAGUCCGUGUAUGAUGUCAUUUUUUACAGGGUGUGUUGUUUACCUGCUGCACGUGUGUUUUUAUUUCUGCACAGGAGGUGGAUGAGUUUUUCGAGCAGGAGAAGACGUUCCUGCUCGACUACUACAGCAAGAUAAAAGAUUCAACCGCCAAAGCUGAGAAGAUGACCCGCUCUCAUAAAAGUACGUUCAAUUUUUACGUCUGUCAGAAUUAAAGUAGACGGAUAUGUUUUUGUUUUUUACACAGAGAAACCAAAUAUACAAAUCAUCAAAUAUAUAGAUUGAUGUGUGGGAGUGUGGCCAGAGUCAGGAGCUCCUGUGAGGAGUUUAUUUAUUUAAUGAAACUGACUUAAAUUCAUAUUGAUGUUUUUUUAUGAUAUAUAAAAGGAUAUAAGACAUAACUGAUGAUUUUUACAUUUUGAUUUUUGAUGCCUGCAACAGAAAGUAGGUAUAAACUGAGCAGCUGAAGAAACUGUUUUUUACAAUUUCCACAUGAAAAAAUCAAAAUAAAUAAAACAUAAAACUGUCAGAUGUUGACUAGAUGAGAAUUUUUGGUCAGAAGACCCUCCUAAUGCCUGUAGAGGACAAUAUAUGCAAAGACUGUUUUGUCCACAGGGGGGCGCCAAAGUUGCUACAAACCAAAAAUUGCUUACAGGAGCUUUAAACUGAUCUCUGGAAAUAUUCUGAUAAUUUGAAGUACCAGAUUGAGCUGUAAGUCAAAACAAUAUGUAACAAAAACGGCUCAAAAUGUUUCAAGUUUACCUUUUUGAAUAAAGUCAUAAAAAAGUUUUUUUAUAUGAACAUAUCUCUAUAUUUUAAAUACCAUUUCUGUGAGUACCAGUAAAGCUCACAUGUUUGCAGGAAAAUUUCCAGUGUUCAUAGAUAACGUUGAAACAUUUUCUCAUACAAUCUGUGGUGCAGCUCUAGUAAAGCUAAUAUAAAAAGGCUCCUGGUAGAUUAUGAUAAUGCAUAUACAGUCUUUCUCAAAGUUUGUUUCUGAUGAUGUUCCUACAUUCAUUCAGUGUCCCACAGAGUAAUUUUACACACAAGUAUCGGUUCCUUUUCUCCUGAUUUGGACCUGCUCGUCUGAAAUAAGUCAGGAAGGAAACAUUCAUGAAUAUAAAUCAGCUGAAUUUUCAUUCUUUAAUUCUCUUCUUACAGAUAUCGCAGACGAUUACAUUCACGUCUCUGCCACUCUGAACAGCCUCUCAGCUGACGACACCACAGCAAACAAAAAGUAAGUGAUUAAUUUUCCUAAAACUUCAAUGCAAAGACAUGUUUGCUGUAAGUUCUUGUUUUUUUUAUGUGUUUUGUGGAAGUUUUUCUAAAGUGUGGAUGUGAUGAAUUGCAUGUUAAUUGUCUUACUUUUGUAUUCUAAUCAAAGUCAUUUAAAUGUGAGCGUUUCAGUGUUUCAUCUUCUUUUUCUCAGGCUCCUGGAGAAGUUGGCCGACCUGUUUGAGAAGCUCAGAGUAAGACGGUUUUUGAUCGGCCUUCUGUAAAUAUUUGUGCAGUUUUAUAUUUACACUGUGCCAGCGCUCAUGUCUUUAUUUGUGUUGCUGCAGAAAGUGGAGGGAAGAGUAGCAUCUGACCAGGAGCUGAAACUUACAGAGCUGCUGAGGUAUUACAUGAGAGACAUCCAGGCCGCAAAGGUGAGUGGUUAUCUCACAGAGGUUAAGAAAACAAAGUGUGGCGUGGUUCCAAAUGUGUGCGUCACACACGUGUUGAAUCACUGGGUUAAGCCAUUAAAACAGCAAAUCUGAAAUCUCUCUUUUGAAGCUCGUUGAAAAGCCGUCACUGAUAUUUUUGGUCUUUUUCAUAAGAAACCAAAAACUCCACUCAGGGGCUUCAAUGUCCAAACAGCCCAGUCUUCAGAUUAUCUCUUUAUAUCUCAUGUGUGACUCUCCGGUCCACUCCAGGACCUUCUGUACAGGCGAGCCCGGGCGUUAGCCGACUAUGAGAACUCUAACAAAGCUCUGGAUAAAGCUCGACUGAAGAGCAAGGACAUCCCUCAGGCGGAGGAGCACCAGCAGCAUUGCCUGCAGAAAUUCGACAAGCUCUCAGAGUCCGGGAAGAAAGGUUUGUGCUUUCCUGCCUCACUCUGGACUCGUUCUGAGUAAGCAAAAUAAAAAUCCGUGUGAAAUAUGUCCGUCGUUGUUUAACUGGUUGAUCUUAUUUCCACAGAGCUGACCAGUUUUAAAGGGAGGCGUGUCGUGGCUUUCAGGAAGAACCUCAUAGAGAUGGCCGAGCUCGAGAUAAAACACGCUAAGGUGAGCAGAACGACACGCCUGAGAGCCGUGAGAGGGUGUUUAGGAGGAUCUUCUUUUAGGCUUUUGUGUUUAAGUGUGUUCAGGAUGUUGAAGUACACAUUUAUCGAUAAACAUCCAAAUACGUGCAGAACUAAAGGUGAUUAAAAAACAAGAGAGUGCAUGAAAAUCACCUCAAAACAAACUGAGCUUGAGUUUAUUCAGAAGUUAGUCUGGGAUCAGUUCUGGGUGUCGUCUCCAACUGUGGUCAGUCGAGGUUUGACUUUGAACAGCUGAUGUUAAUGCAGCAGGGAUUCCACCCAUAUGUCUGCGCCUUUGGGGAAACAACGCCAUCUAGUGUGUAAAGAUUUCUUAUCUCCAUAUUUAAAGGUACAGUAUUUAAAAAAGAAAAAGAGCAGAAUGGUUGUUUUGCACAGAAGAGUUUGUACUGAUAGAUGUGCUCGAUGGUAAAAACUUAAGCAAUGGAGAACCAUACGAACGCAUCACUUCACUGAAGGGAGGGGGGAGCGAGGGAGCAUUUCAGUCUAAAAUCUGAGCACCAGAUAUCGCUUCAAAAAUCUGUCGUUGUCUUCACUGGAAGCUGUAAGUGACAGAUUUUUUAAUCAUACUUCCUUUUUCUGAAUAAUGUAGUUAAUCAUGAACACUUCCUCAAAGUGGAGUGAAUAAACCAAUCAGACAGAGCUCUAUAAAGACGAGAUAACAUACAGAGAGAUGAAACUUUAUCAUAAGUGGAGAAAUAAAGAAAUAAUAAUGAGAUAAGUAUGAUUAUAAUUAUUAUUAUUUUAAGAUUGAGGCAGAUGGAGGUUUUAUCAUUUAUUCUGUUAUAUUUUUACAUCAAAAUCAUCAAAUCAAACUUUAUUUAUAAAGCGCUUUUCCUACAUGAAUGUGACUCAAAGUGCUUUACAAGUUAAAAACAAAAACAAAAAACUGUCCCAGAUGCCCCUUUAACCCCCACCUACACACACACACACACACACACACACAUGCCAACGCACCCGCAUAUACACACAUAAAGAGAAUGGGCAUGAGGCUGAGUGAUCAGAGGAGCCGUCAGCACCAGGAGCAGAGAGCCGCCCGUAGCCACAGGACGCCGACACGGGGCCAGCGAAGGGAUGUGUCAGACACCAACCUCCUCCAGGAACCUCGUGGCUGGCCCCUGCAACCACUGCUCCCGGUGCCGAGGGCUCCCACAGAGGAAACACUGGGGUCCUAAAAAUGAUAAAAGGAUAAAAACAAGGAAAGACAAAAAUAUGAAUAAAACACAGACCUAAGAUAAACCAAGGCUAACGAGAAUAAAUGAAGAUAAAACAAAUAAAUAUCAAUUAAAAGCUAAAAACGUGGGUCUUGAGCCUGCUCUUAAAAACAGGAACGUUCUCUGCGGCCCUGAGGUCCUCUGGCAGGCUGUUCCAUAGACGAGGGCCGUAAUAUUGAAAAGACGCCUCGCCAUUAGUGUGUGUCCUGACUUUUAGAAUGACUAGGAGACACUGCCAGAGGAGCGCAGGCUCCGUGAAGGUUCAUAAGGUAAAUAUUUAAAAUAAAAUAUUUUGCAGGUUUUUAAAAAGUUAAUUUUGGAUGCCUUCAGCUUUGGAUGAGCCUGUAACAGCUUAUAGUCAGACCCAGGAGGCUCCAAAAUCUGAUUAUAACAGGAUAGAAAUAUAAAUGUUUCUUCUACAACAUUCAGUAUUUCUGCAAAAUAAAAAAUCAGAUCCGACUUUCCUUCUGGAGAAGUGAUUUCUCUGGUUUUCUCCUCGUGUCUCCACAGAACAAUACGGCUCUACUGCAGGGAUGCAUCGACCUCCUGAAGAGCAACUGAUGUGUUUCACAGUAUUCCUGUCCAGCCAUCACCAAGUGACCAGUCAAAGCAAACGGAAACCUGGCGUCCCCGGGGCCGUGCACAGACACGAAUCCCUCCCUCGUCUCCCACCCACGGGUCUGAUGCCACUUUCAAAAAGCUGCACAAGAGCAAGUGUCUUGUAAGCAGAAUGUCUUCAUGUUUACAGAGUCCCUGUCUUCUUCUGGUCCACGGUCCAUCCUUUCGAUUAUUUAUGGAGGUCUAAUUAUAACUGCCUUUACAGAACGAGGCUGCCAACAUUAAGGACUUUCAUUAUUUAGCAGCACAUAAAGAGGUGAUUUUCUUUUACGCUCUCGUUUCUCAUUUUUACAUUAUGCACAAAAUGAAAUCUUGCCUUGCUGUUCGUAUUUCUGCCUCCGUACAGACUGACACAAAGUUUUCUUUCAUGCACACUUUUUCGAGAAAGGCUUCGCAGAUGUUGUAACUAAAACUGAAUCUGUCUGAGCUUUUUGUGUUUGCUAACGAAACCGUUUACAGAAGCAAAAUCGAGUGCCUGUAAAAACAUCCUCCUGCUCCACAUUCCCCGGCUCUGAAGUUAAAUUACAACCAAACAAACCCUCGAGUCGAGAAAAGUCAUGAAAGAUCCGAUUCAAGCGUUUCGAAAUAGCAGCACUUCGCCUCAGGAAUGGACAGUUGGAUCUGCCUCCACAUUCUUGUUUGUAAGACAGCGGCCUCAGUUCCCACAAUCAUCACAGAUGCACAUUAGAUUAGAUAGUUUGAGUGAGUCGUCAGAGAUUUCAGCGGGAGAUUGCAAAGGGAGGAAAAGUGAAAUGAAAAGAUAUUUAGUGUUUUCAAAGGGAAUUAAAUGUUAGUAAAAUAGUUAAAUUUGCACAAACCCCUCAUGACACCCCUGCACUUCACCUUUAAGCUCCUUCACCCACAAACUCUGCUCUUCCUCUCUCUUCUCUCUCUUUAUUUCGUCCUGAAUCCCCUCUUUAUGACUGAUGGGGUCAAACCUGAAAUUCUAUAUUUACCAGUUUGUUUGUUUUGAGCAUUAUAUAAAAAGAGAUGCACUAAGAAAAUGGAAAAAAAAAAGAAAUCCUCAAAAUCAUGACCAGACUCAGAAAAGUGUGAAAAUGCAUCCUAGUUUUUUAAGAAAUUGAAUGUAUUUCUAACAGAUUCCAGCGGUGUGAUUUCCCUCACAUGCUCCUUUCAUACAGAAUAUUAGCAUUUUAUAAAUUUGUAAUAAUGGCAUUGAAUAAAUCCUACUUUCCCAAG